CCAACAUUUACACUCUCUCGAUAAAUAUCUCUCUUUAUUGAUAAACUUACGAUUGAAAACCCAAUUUUACUAGAUUUUUCGCUUGUUCACUCUAAUGUAACAGUGCAAGGUUUUGUUCUUAUAUCAGCAAAACUCUAGCUCGAACAAAAAUGGCGUCACGAUCUGGUUCUGUUUUUCUACUCAUUUGCGUUCUCGCUCUAGCCAAUAAGGAGACUCUAGCCUCUGUCUACUCUUCAAAGCUAAUCUAUCGCUUCUCCGAAGAAGCUAGAGCGUCAAUUAAGACUCCAAAUUCGUCGGAUUCGUUUCCGGAGAAGCGGAGCUUGGAGUAUUAUCAGUUGCUCGCGAGAAGUGAUUACCGAAGAUAGAGAAUGAAUCUCGGUGCUAAGUAUCUGUCCCUUGUUCCAUCUGAAGGAAGCAAAACUAUUUCUUCUCGAAAUAACUUUGGAUGGCUACUCUAUACAUAUGACAUAAGGACGCCGAGUGUAUCGUUUCUUGUGGCUUUAGAUACCGGAAGUGAUCUACUUUGGAUCCCUUGCAACUGUGUGCAAUGCGCUCCUUUAACAUCCACUUAUUAUAGCAGCCUGGCUACUAGAGAUCGGAACGAGUAUAAUCCAUCAAGUUCAAGUACCAGCAAAGUCUUUUUGUGCAGCCAUAAGUCGCACAAUAACACAUUCAUGAGACACAGACCUUUGUUUGUGUUCCAACAAAGUCAAGGGGUUGUCCAAUUUUGCUUGCCAACGAGUCUUAGUAGAGAAGAAGGGAUAGGAAGCAUAAGACGUAUGUAUUAUCUCCAUCAAAUGGUUUUCGAUAGAGAGAACAUGAAGGUAGGCUGGUCAGCCUCCAAAUGUCAAGAAAAUGAGAUAGAACCCCCUCGAGCUUCACCGGGAAGCACUUCAUCGCCAUAUCCAUUGACAGAGGAGCAGCAAAGCAGAGGACAUGCCGUUUCACCAGUAAUUGCAGAAACUCCAUCCAAACCAACAUCAUCGUCAUCAUCAUCAAGAUCAUCAUGCAGCUUCUCUUCUAUCAUGAGAUUAUUCAACUCUCUUCUUCUGCUACAUGGGCUUGUCUCUUAUACCUAGAGAUUAAUAAAUUUUCUGAAGU